CUGCUUUUAACGGGUGGCCUGAAGAAGUGCCUUGUGACAUAUGUAGCGUAACAAAGCACAAAGCAGUGAAGUCCUGUCUGCAGUGUAUGGUCUCGUACUGUGAAUGCCACCUGCAGCCUCACCGUACAUCAGUGGGCCUACAGAGACACCUUCUGAUUGAUGCCAUGCCUGAGCUGGAGGCCAUGAUCUGUCCUCAGCAUAGCAAACUCCUGGACCUUUACUGUCAUGUUGACCAGAAGUGCAUUUGCCUUGGUUGUCUAGCGGACCAGCACAAAGGGCACAUUGUUCUUACAUGGGAGCAAGAAAGAAUAGAAAGACAGACUUACAUCAGAUGGAUAACACAAGAGAAAGAAAACCUGGUACAUCAGUACAACCAUCCUGGGCAGUCAGCCUCUAUGGCGAAACAAAUCAGUGCCAGGACCUUCACCGACUUAAUUGGAUUCAUAGAAAAGUGGCAAAGAGGAGUGGACACAAUGAUCGAUGGUAGAGAGAUGCAAGUCCAUCAGAGGCUGCAAAGAGAGAUCAGUCAACUAAGAGAGAUAGAUACAGUGCUGGAGGGCCUUUCGGACACACAUAACUACCUCCAGCUGCAGCAGUACCCUAUGAACAUUCCCCUGCUGCCAACAGUGCGGCCCCAGGCUCCUGACCCACAUCACCCAAACUUCACCUCUCACGUCAGGGAGGUCAUGAGCUCCCUGCGGAAUGCAGUGAUGUCUGCAUUUUCUGCACAGUUUGAUAAUAUACAAGACGCAGUGAAUAAAGACCUUCCCUUCCCAGAAUGAAGGAAGACAACUCUAUAGAGGACUCAACAGGGACAAAGACUGGUGACUGCUGCAGUAACAGCCUCUGCUCUUCUGGGAAGGCACCUGAUGUUGGAACAUUGCCGUGAGAAUUUGAUUGCAUGCGGAGCAUUAGUGAGGUCAGUUACUGAUGCUGGACUACUCUAACUCAUCAUGAUCCUGGAUGGAGCUCCAUCGCCCCAGAGGGCACAGUUCCACUGCUCCGCAGCCCAGUGCUUGGGGGCUUUAGAACUUUUUAGCCAAUGCUCAGCAUUGGACAUUGUGACCUUAGAAUCAUGUACAGCUGCUCCAGAGUGUCCCAAUCUAAUAGCAAUGCUUUUCUGUAGAGGUUAUAGCAGGGAUGUCUGCAGAUGUUUGGAGAUUUAAGUGUAUUUAAUGUCUUCCACGUCCUCAGUUUUGUCCCCUCCUUUUAAUAUGUACAUUUUAGCCAUAUAUACAUCAUAGCUCUGUGGGAUUUUUCUCAUUCGUCAUUCAUUAUUCUUAUCGCCAUCACUGGAAUUGGGUUUGAAAUGUGAUUCUGUUCAAUUGAAUGUUCUUCCAGCAGAUUUUUAAAACUGAUAUAAAAUUACACUGUUAGUAAUUCAUCCAAACAAUCCCAAAAAUCACUCUUUUUCCUGAGUUUGCUAUUUUUUUUUUCUCUUACACACCACUAGAGGGUGACAUAAGCUCGAUGUAUGUAUUACUGCUGUGUGGAAGGGCUGUUGUAAAGAGGCCAUGCAGAGUCAUUUUAAUUGAAUGGCUUUGCGUCUGUGCGAAUAGACCUGUAGUAUCAAAUCCUGGUACUCAACAUGUUGGGGUAUAAAUAUACCUUCACAUAGACACACAAA